UUCGGCUUCUGUUGUACUAUUAGUCAGUUUGACUUCCAACCCCAGCCAUGUUGUUCAUCUGGUCAAUCACUAUGUUCUCAGUAAUUGGUGACACCUAUGAGCAGACAAUAGAGCCAAACCAACAUGAAGUGUAUGCAGAAGUGGGUAGUAAUGUUCUUCUUUCAUGCAACUACUCCUCAGCGUACAAUCUACUAUGGUAUAAACAGUCUCCGGGAUCAGCUCCCCAAUAUCUUCUGCUCAUCCCGCACUCCACUGGGACUGAAUAUAGAGCUGAUUCGCUUGAUGCUCGCUUCUCUGGUAAACUGAACAAAGAGAAGACCCGUGUUGAUCUGGAGAUCUCCUCUGCUGAUGUGACAGACUCUGCUCUGUUCUACUGUGCUCUGAGGCCCACAGUGACAGGAAACUCAGAAACACUGUACAAAAACCUAACAUCGCCUGAGAGAGUAUUUCUACUCUGUAGUUCCAAGUUGCAUUUGACAAUAGUGCCUUCAAGUGGAGUCAACAUGCACCCAUUCUAUUGUGUACAAGUGUUGAAGACUUCUCAUGUGGACUACUCUGGGAUCAUAACCAACACUGAUAGCACAAAAUGGACCUCACACAUGAAAAAGAGGACAACCGUUGUGGAUCUGGAGAUCUCCUCUGCUGAAGUACAGACUCUGCUCUUUACUACUGUGCCCUGGAGCCCACAGUGA